AUGCUGCACUCGCUGUACAUCAUCAACAAGGCCGGGGGCCUCAUCUACCAGCAAGACCUGAGCCCCGCCGCACCGAAACUCAGCUCCAAUGACCACCUGCGUCUAGGCUCCACCUUCCACAGUAUGCACGCGAUUGCAGCCUUGGCAGCGCCCACUGGCUCGGGCGGCAUCGACAGUCUCGAGACGGGCACCUUCCGCCUGCAGUGUCUACAGACGCCCACGGGUAUCAAGUUCUUCCUCACAGCAGCACUAGGGACGCCGGAUCUCGACGUGACGCUUCGGACUGUUUAUGAGCUCUACGUGGACUACGUGCUCAAGAACCCGUUCUACGAGCUAGAGAUGCCGAUCCGCUGCAGUCUCUUCAACACCCGACUCACGAAUUUCGUCGAGAAGUUCAAUCUGGAGAGCGCCCGACGUCGCCCGUUCUCGAGCAGCAACGGUCCCGAUGGCUUUUACUCGUAA